AUGCCGACGAGCGCCGAGGAAUUCGCCGCGCUCGUGCGCGUGGUCAAGGAUGCGCAGCGUCGAUUCACCGCCGCGCCGAGCGAACACCCGGGGUGCGACUUCAAGGCGUGGCUCAAGGCGAACGUGAAGCGACCGGAGAACCAACGAGGCGAUCCGAGCCGGCACACGGCGGAGACGCUGAGAAAGUUUGUGGAGACGCUCGGGACGGCGCUCGGGACGGCGCGCGUGACGGCGCUGACGAAACACGAUCAAUGGCGGAAGAAACGCGCGGAGUGGGACGAGUGGGGCGACGACGAGGUCGUCGAUGCGAAGGGUGAUCGAGCGUGGGCGCUGGUGCGACGAACGCGAAAGCAUGAGGGGUUCGCGGAGGCGUAUUAUCGGUUGCCGUCGCACGAACCGCCGUGGCGACGGACAAAGUAUCGACCCGUGCGUUGGUGCGUGGAGAAAGAGAUGAAGCCGAGGUUGUUGGGGGUGGAUUGUGAGAUGUGUGAGACGGAUGACGACACGCGAGCGCUCGUCGGGGUGUCCGUGGUGGAUGAUGAGGGAAAUAUUUUGUUGAAGACGCUCGUGAAGCCGCCGGGGAACAUCGUCGACAUGAGAACGGAGAUUACUGGGUUGAAGGCGGAGAACGUCCUCGCGGCGCCGACGACGUUGAGCGACGUGCAGGAUAGACUCGUGGAGUUGUGUAAACCGGGAACUGUGCUCGUGGGUCAUUCGUUGAUGCAUGAUUUGAAGUCUUUAAAGAUUGACCAUCAACCCGUCAUCGACACUGGAAUGUUGUUUCGUUACAAGAAUCUCCCUCGGUCGACGCCGAGCUUGGCGAUUUUGUGCGAAACUUUGCUCAAACGAAAGAUGAGACAAACUGAGGCGGGCUAUCACGAUUCCGUCGAGGACGCCAAAGCGGCAUUAGACUUAGUGUUAUGGGCGGUUCGCGAGGCGAAACCCAUCUUUGAGGUGGACGCGCCGCCGCACAAAGUGGACGCCGAGGACCUGUGCAAGCUUUUUAUCCAUCGCAUUCCGCGUGGGACGAGCGCGGAGGCGUUGAAGAUGGUGUUCGAAGAAACCGAUCGAGCGCACAUCGAGAGCGUGCAGGGAAGCUUUCUCGAUGCGACGACGACGGACUCCGCGGCUCUCGGCGGCAAAAAAACCACCUCCUGCCUCGUCACGUUUACCGACACCAAACGCGCCAACGACGCGUUCGAACGUCUCGACGGUGCGGUAACGAAAGAUGCAAUCGGUCGCGCGCAGAAGUCUCGCGCCUUACCGCUCGAUUCCACCGAUCGAUCCGUCAGCGUCGUCGUCCGUCGGAUGACGUCGAGCGGUAGCGUCGUCUCCGCCGGCGCCGCCGCAGGCGCCAAGCGCCCGGCGAACAGCGUCCCGGCGACGGUUCCAAAGUCGAAAAAAGUUCGUCAGCGCAAGCCUAAAUCGAUCGCUCUUCCCGGCGAUAAAUCGUAGCCCGGAUUCGCGCGCGCGCG